AUGCUGUGGACUCAGAGGAAGAAGAGAAGGAAGAUAACCCCGGAUCCUGCCCAAGAUGAGUAUCCAGAAUUCUAUCGAGCAAAUGACAGCUGGAUCAAAUCUCACUUUAGCCGCCUCUCUGAGGAGAGGAUGCGCCCUCACUGUUAUGCCAGCCCCAUCUACAGUGUCUCCCUACCUGAGAGCGGGAACAGGGAUGCCAUUACCACUGUCCACACGGAGGUGCGUGGGGAAGGAGGCGCAACUCUGCGCAGGGACUCCUUCGCCAGCAGGCAGAAGAUGGCUGGGUCCUUGGUGACCAAAGAGAACCACAAGGAGGCAGGAAGGUCUUCAUCCGUGGAGGAGGCCACAUGGGCUGCCGUGGCUGCUUGUGCCAAGGAGAUCGAUGCCAAGGGACAUCACCUGGCUGACUCCCUGCUACAGCGUGCAUCAGCUCACCAGCCCACAGGCCACUUGGAGUCGAGGGACAUCAAUCCAGAGGACCUGAAGGCCCUGGAGGAGGUGGAGCUGAAGCUGAAAGGGAAUUUUUUCACCCAUUGUGAAACCUCCAUGGCUGGUGCCAACCACACACAGACUUUCUAUAGCCAGAGCCAGCAUGGCCACCAGAGCCAUUCAGGACACCAGAGCCACCAGGGCCAUCCAAGCCACCAGAGCCACUCAGGACACCAGAGCCGCCAGGGUCAUCCUGUUUACUCCAGCCACCAGGGUCAACCAGGUCACCUGAGCCACCAGGGUCAUUCAGAUCACUCAAGCCACCAGACUCAUCUGGGUCAUUCGAGUCAUCAGAAUCACCCAGGCCACUUGAUUCUCCAGGGUCAUCUGGGUCACUCAAGCCACCAGAGCCAUAGCCUGCCCAACCGCAGCCACUAG